AUUUUAUUUUCAUAGUCCACGUGCUAUUAAUCCAGAUAUGUUAUGGAUUCGAAAGGUACAUUCGAUGCGGCAAGAAGAUGUCGAAGCAAAAGUUCCUCACAAAGCUUAGAAUCUAAAAAUUCAUCUAGAUCUCGAGCUUCUACUUCAUCGUCUAGCACAAAAAUUAAAUAUACAAAAAGGAAAACAGAAGAUGUCAGCUCAGAAGAAGAACAACCAUGUUACAAAUCAAAAUUUGUGAAAUCCCUAGAAUCAGAAGAAGAAUCUGAAGGAGAAAACUUAGACAAUAUCGAUGAAAAUGAAGAAGAGCAAGAAGAAGAAGAGCAAGAAGAAGAAGAGCAAGAGGAAGAAGAGCAAGAGGAAGAAGAAGAAGAAGAAGACGAAGAAGAUGAUGAUGACAAACCGAGAAAGAAAAAGAAAAGUAGAGUUGCUAGAUUCAUCAUAGAUGAAGCUGAAGUAGACGAUGAUGUGAAGGAUGACGAUGAAUGGGAGGAAGAGGAAAUUGAUGUAAUAGGAAUUGAUGUUGACGAAUUAGGGCCAACUGCGCGUGAGAUUGAGAGACGACAUAGAGAUACAAAUCUUUGUACACAAGAAGGGGAAAUUGAGGAAUACCUUCGAAAAAAAUAUAGCAACAAAUCAAUAGCCGCUCAUCGUUUUGGCGACGGCGGCGAAGAAAUAAGCGAAGAAAUCAUCCAGCAAACUUUAUUACCAGGCGUGAAAGAUCCAAAUUUAUGGUUGGUAAAAUGUCGAAUAGGAGAAGAAAAAGCCACAGUACUGUUAUUGAUGCGCAAGUUCAUCGCGUGUCAGAAUUCAAGUGAACCUUUUCAAAUAAAAUCUGUUGUGGCACCAGAAAGAGUUAAGGGGUAUAUAUAUAUAGAGGCUUACAAGCAAUCGCACGUAAAAGUUGUUAUUGAAAAUGUUAGAAGUCUUAGAAUGGGUACAUGGAAACAAGAAAUGGUGCCAAUUAAAGAGAUGAUAGAAGUGCUGCGAGUUAAAGAACAAACUCAUUUAAAACCUAAACAAUGGGUCCGUGUGAAACGAGGCAUUUACCAAGAUGAUUUAGCUCAAAUUGUUUAUAUCGAUUUAGCACAAAAUCAAGUUCACUUAAAAUUGCUUCCGAGAAUUGAUUACUCUAGAUUUCGUGGCGUAUUGAGAACAAUACAGAACAAAUGUAUUGAAUCCGAUGUAUUGAAACGUAAGAAGAAUAAGAAACCAGCAAAAAAACCAUUUAAUCCUGAAGCAGUUCGUGCUGUUGGAGGAGAAAUUACCAAAAACGGAAAUUUCUAUAUUUUUGAAGGAAAUAGAUAUAAUCAUAAAGGGUUUCUUUACAAAAAUUUUUUCAUAAAUAACAUUAUGGUGGAGGAUGUUAUACCUACACUUUCCGAAUUAGAAAAAUUUGAAGAAGCGCCGCAAAAUGUUGAAAUAGAUUCCAAUGAUACGCCAGGAAGUGGAACAUUUGAAAAAAAUCAACUUCAUUCCUUCAAUAAUGGAGAUAAUGUAAUAAUAUGCGAGGGUGAACUUACAAAUCUACAGGGAAAAAUCGUUUCCAUAAAUGGGAACACAAUUAUGGUUAUGCCCAAACAUAAAGAACUUAACGAAGUUUUGGAAUUACAUGCUUCAGAAUUACGAAAAUAUUUUACGCAAGGCGACCACGUGAAGAUUACGGCAGGACGAUAUGAAGGCGACACAGGUUUAAUUGUUAGAGUAGAACAAAACAGAAUAGUUUUAUUCUCCGAUUUGACAAUGCACGAACUCGAGGUUCUACCGAGGGAUCUACAAUUGUGUUCUGACAUGGCAACUGGUGUUGACAGCUUAGGUAAAUUUCAAUGGGGUGACUUGGUGCAGUUAGAUGCACAGACAGUUGGUAUUAUCGUUCGAUUAGAACAUGAGAAUUUCCAUGUCUUGUCUAUACAUGGGAAAGUAAUCGAAGUAAGACCGCAAGCCGUUACGAAGCGUCGCGAAAGCAGAAAUACAAUCGCAUUGGACUUUCGACAGAGCACUAUACGAAAAAAGGAUAUUGUUAAAGUAGUUGACGGACCGCAUACCGGUCGAGGAGGUGAAAUUAAACACCUUUACAGAAGUUUUGCUUUUUUGCACUCGAAAAUGUUUGUCGACAACGGUGGAAUAUUUGUAUGCAAAACCAGACAUUUACAGUUGUCCGGUGGAAAUAAAACAACUUCUAUUAACUCUAUGUCACCAGUGGCAGGAUUUAUGUCACCUAGAAUUGCCUCCCCGAUGCAUCCUAGCGGAGGUGGUUUUGGACGAGGUGGCGGAGGUGGACGAGGAAGAGGUCGUGGUGGCGGUGGCGGUGCAAGACGCGACCGAGAAUUAAUAGGAACCACUAUCAAAAUAACAGGUGGACCAUACAAAGGAAACGUGGGUAUUGUAAAAGAUGCGACAGAAACAACAGCACGCGUGGAACGGCACUCGACUUGCCAGACGAUUCGGUUUCGUUGUUCUCAAGAGCCAACGGUUGGUGAUAAAGAAAGAGUUGGUGGUUUUACCAGCCACAACAAAACUCCGAUUUAUGGAUUCGGUGGACAGACGCCGAUGUAUUCGAAGGACGCAUCAAAAACACCUACGUAUGGUUUCCAGACGCCUAUCUACGAAUAUGGUUCUCGUACUCCACAUUACGCCGGUUCGAUGACAUCAUCUCACGAUGGCUCACGAACACCAGGUCAAUCCGAAGCCUGGGAUCCGACAAUUUCUAAUACACCUGUUAGCACGAAUGAUUUUGAAGAAUAUAAGAUGGAGAAGGGUGGCUCAUGGGUUGGUUAUCCUUCCGAAAACUCUCCUACUGAAGGGUCGUUUAUUCCACAGACUUCGAUUAUGUACGGUUCGGAACAAACCUACGGUUCAUGUCAUUCGAGUCCUAUAGAAAGUUCUAUCGUCAACUCAAAUUAUGAAAGCUGCAGUGCUUCGUCCUCAACGAGUACUGGAUACAUCAGUUCAUAUAACGCGUUUUUAACACCUUCUCCAGGAGAUUACAUACCUAGUAAUCCAUAUAAUCUACUAACACCUCGUUUAGGAAUGAAUGCAGAUGACAAUUCAAAUUGGCAUACAACGGAUAUUGAAGUUCGCAUUCGCAAUACCCAUGAUGAUCUUGCCCUCGUUGGACAAAAAGGAGUCAUCCGACAAGUUUUCGGUGACAUAUGCACCGUUUACUUACCUAUGGAAAAUCGAGCAGUGAGCAUAGUACGUAGACAAUUAGACUUUGUAGUACCAUCAUGUGGCGAUCGAGUCAAAGUGAUUCUUGGUGAAGAAAACCGUGAAGCCGUCGGCACUUUACUUUCGAUCGACUAUCAAGAGGGAGUGGUAAAGCUCACUACGGACGAAAUAAAGUUCGUCCAAUUUCGGUUUUUGGGUAAAAUGGAAGACAUAAAACAAGGAUAGAAGGAUGUGAUAUUGAUA